AUGCGCGCUUCGCCUCUUGGUUUAUUGGGGUUUGGCGAGCUGAGAGAAGUUCAAGUUACAGUCAAGAGACUAGCGACGAUUUUACCGACCAACGUCGAAGGCCUUGAGGCAGAAGUCGACGCUCAAAGCGAAGAUUACUUCGACUCAUCAGCUGAAGAAAAUUCCAUUGCGAUUCGCAAAACGUGGAAGGGCUCAUUAACCAGUUUCUGGACGAACUCGUGCUCGAAGAAAAGCACUCCCAACCCGACUCUUAACGUCAAGGGCGUGGUUGAAUCAUCGGGCUUGGGCCGGUUCUGGAAGCAGAUAUCAUUGCCCAAUCUUAGACGAUUCGGACGAGUCGUUUGA